AUGCAGCACGUUAGCCAAAGAACUCAAUUUCAAUCGAUACCUAUUAAAAUCUAUCCAUUGUUACCGGAUGAACCCAGCAUUCACAAUGUAGAGAGAGUAUUAGUGGAACAUUUCGGUGCAGCCAGCCAACUUUUUGGACCCGGUUAUACUGUGGAUCUGUACGCGAUGGCAUCGGAAAUGAGUGCACAAUCAGAGAAAGCAACAUGGCAACGAGCAAUGAUAAUGACGGAACUCACAGAAUUUGCCGUGGGCAGCAUUAUUUAUACGACUGAAACGGAGUUGAACCCUCAGGGUAGGGGCAAAAAUGCAAUACGGAACGCACCGAUGAAAUUUAGCAUGUUAGAGACAGCAACGUCAGGUUUGACACCGCAACAAGUGUAUGAGGCUAACCAGAAGAUGUAA